AUGUCUUCUCACAAGACUUUCAGAAUUAAGCGAUUCCUGGCCAAGAAACAAAAGCAAAAUCGUCCCAUUCCUCAGUGGAUUUGGAUGAAAACUGGUAAUAAAAUCAGGUACAACUCCAAAAGGAGACAUUGGAGAAGAACUAAGCUGGGUCUACUAGGAAUUGCAUUUCCCCCUGGAGACUCACAGCUUCUGGGUGUGGAGACUGUUUCUGUUCUUGUGGGGACCUACUCCAUUGUCUUGCCUCGGCACAAACACUCCGUGAGCUGGAAAACCCCCAGCUGCGUCUCAGACUGA